UUUAGACUUGGAAAUCUGACCUUGAGUUCCUGGUUGUGUAUUCUCUCCGCGGGGUCAUCAGGCCCCGUUCUGUCUUAGAACACUGCGCUGUAGCAUCUAUCUGGUUUCUCAGAAGUGUUCUUAAGGUCUGUGCCACAACACUGAAGCUCCCGGAGAGUCAGGAGCAUGUGACAAGGAGCGCUAACAGGGCAGCGUUGGCGACAAAAAACCCGUGAAUGUGUGCGCAGGGUUGCUUCUGAGUCAUUCGCCCUGGUAGGUCGCUGACUCGGGUUCUGGGUCUUGUUUAUGGCUCUACAUCAGAAAGAAACUUGGGGACAUUCAACAAAGAACUUCGGGAGAGAAGAAAAAAGAGCCAAGGGUUGGAAAUGAUAGCUACAAUAAGAAGAGGUUAGAGGACUUCUGUUGUUUAGCCUGGAAGGGAGAAAACCGCCCAAGGGACUCUUGCAUUUUCGUUUGUGCGUUGACAGUGAAGAACAGCCGGCGCUGCUGCCCUUGGGAACGUAAAGGUUCAGGAAGAAAAACCACAGCUUUUCCAGGCUGGGAGGAAAAAUAUGGAAUGUGCUGUACCACUGACUGAACACAACCCAAUGAACUGUACUGCCCGUAGUUCCGAAACCAGCAGCUAACAGUUUCUUCAGACUUCAGCACCAUCCAGCACUUUCCAGACCAGACUCGCUGUUUGCAAGAACUCUUGGCCUCCCGAAGUUAGCAACCUCAGACUUUGUUUAUUUAAAAUAUUUCUGCACAAGAAAAGUACCCCAGAGCCCAUUCUACAAAAUGGCCAUGGAUGGGUAUCUGUGGAUGGUCAUUUUGGGUUUUAUUAUUGCUUUCAUCCUGGCCUUUUCAGUUGGUGCCAAUGACGUUGCCAACUCCUUCGGAACCGCAGUGGGCUCUGGCGUGGUGACCUUGAGACAGGCAUGCAUUCUGGCUUCGAUAUUUGAAACCACUGGCUCUGUGCUCCUGGGAGCGAAAGUAGGGGAGACUAUCCGGAAGGGCAUCAUCGACGUGAACCUCUACAAUGACACUGUGGAGACCCUCAUGGCUGGGGAAGUGAGUGCAAUGGUUGGUUCAGCUGUUUGGCAGUUGAUCGCAUCCUUCCUGAGACUUCCAAUCUCAGGAACUCACUGCAUAGUCGGCUCUACCAUAGGCUUCUCCCUUGUGGCAAUCGGUACCAAAGGCGUGCAGUGGAUGGAGCUUGUCAAGAUUGUGGCUUCCUGGUUUAUAUCGCCGCUUCUUUCCGGCUUCAUGUCUGGUGUGUUGUUUGUGCUCAUCAGGAUGUUCAUCUUAACCAAGGAGAACCCUGUUCCAAACGGUCUCCAGGCGCUUCCUCUGUUCUAUGCUGCUACUAUAGCAAUAAAUGUCUUCUCCAUCAUGUACACGGGAGCACCAGUGCUGGGGCUGACGCUUCCCAUAUGGGCCAUAGCUCUCAUUUCCUUUGGUGUCGCUCUGCUGUUCGCUUUCUUCGUGUGGCUCUUCGUGUGUCCGUGGAUGAAGAGGAAAAUAGCAGGCAAAUUAGAAAAGACGAGCGCUUUAUCGCGAACUUCCAAUGAAAGUCUCAGUAAAGCCCAGGAGGUGGAGUCCCCGUUUAAGGAGCUCCCUGGUGCCAAAGCCAGCGAUGACAGUGCUGUCCCCCUCACCAGCCCGGCUGGGGAGGCUGUGGGACCCUCCGAGGGCACAUCAACAGGGAACCACCCCCGGACAGCCUAUGGACGGGCACUUUCCAUGACUCACGGCUCUGCAAAGUCACCCAUCUCCAACGGCACGUUCGGCUUUGAAGGCCACAUGAGGAAUGACGGUCAUGUUUAUCACACUGUACACAAAGACUCGGGGCUCUACAAAGACUUGCUGCACAAAAUCCACGUAGACAGAGGCCCCGAGGAGAAGCCCGCUCAGGAAAACAACUACAGGCUGCUUCGGCGGAACAACAGCUACACCUGCUACACCGCGGCCAUCUGUGGCAUGCCGGUGCAUACCACCUUCAGAGCCCCAGAUGCCUCCUCCGCCCCCGAGGACAGCGAGAAGCUGGUGGGCGACACGGUGUCCUAUUCCAAGAAGCGGCUUCGUUACGACAGCUACUCCAGCUACUGCAAUGCGGUCGCCGAGGCCGAGAUCGAGGCUGAGGAGGGGGGCGUAGAAAUGAGGCUGGCCUCGGAGCUAGCAGAUCCCGACCAGCCUCACGAGGACCCCACGGAGGAAGAGAAGGAGGAGAAGGACACGGCAGAGGUCCACCUGCUCUUCCACUUCCUGCAAGUUCUCACUGCCUGCUUUGGUUCCUUUGCUCAUGGUGGCAAUGAUGUGAGCAAUGCAAUUGGUCCCCUCGUGGCUUUGUGGCUGAUCUAUGAACAAGGUGGAGUUAUGCAAGAAGCUGCUACCCCAGUCUGGCUGCUGUUUUAUGGAGGAGUCGGGAUUUGCACAGGUCUCUGGGUUUGGGGGAGAAGAGUGAUCCAGACCAUGGGAAAGGACCUCACUCCCAUCACACCUUCCAGUGGCUUCACUAUUGAGCUGGCCUCUGCCUUCACUGUGGUGAUUGCCUCCAACAUCGGGCUUCCCGUCAGCACCACACACUGCAAGGUGGGCUCCGUGGUGGCCGUGGGCUGGAUACGCUCGCGGAAGGCUGUGGACUGGCACCUCUUCCGGAACAUCUUUGUGGCCUGGUUCGUGACUGUCCCCGUGGCCGGAUUAUUCAGUGCUGCUAUCAUGGCUAUCUUCAUGUACGGGAUCCUCCUGUCAUAGGCAUGGUCUGUAAAUGGCUCUAGGGAUAGUCUAACACGGGCCUCCGUAGCCGCACCUCUCCCCUCCCCUCCCACACACCUUGCAGAUGGCGUCAUCAUGCCACACACUGCUUACCCAGGCCACAGACGUUCAUCCUCCAGUUAGCCUAACUCCUGUACAUAGUAGUAUGUAUCAGACUGGUAUUGUGACGACACACUGUGGUGCAGUUACUUAUAUUAAAUAUACAUCGUGUACCUAGGAUAUCUAGCAUUGAUUUUAAACAAACUCAGAAUGAAAGUGGAAGAGUAUUGCCUCAAGUGCAGUAUUCUGUUAACUGUAUAUAAUGAUUUCAGCGGUGGCAAGUGUUAAAAACGUUUAAAAGUGUAGGCUAUAAAAAUCCUUUUUUAAAAAUACUGUAAUAUGCCGGGCGGUGGUGGCGCACGCCUUUAAUCCCAGCACUCGGGAGGCAGAGGCAGGCGGAUCUCUGUGAGUUCGAGACCAGCCUGGUCUACAGAGCUAG